GUUAAUUUGUCUAGUUAACACUUUGAUUCAAAACUCAAGAUCCAAUAUCCUUGAAUCGCGAUCUCUGCAACGAAUCAGACCAAACCCAGAUCAGUCUUGUCUAGGUAGCCAUACUAUUCCUCUCUUCAAAACAGCUGUCAACGCCAUGCGGUGGCCGGCGGUGAAAAAUGGGGGACUGGGGUUGACGGCGAUGGCAUACGUGGCGAUAGACUACCUACGCAUUCUAUCCCCAACGUUGCACGAACGUCUUCAACCGUUGCUCUGGUCUUCGCUAGCCCUCGUUGCCGUCACGCGCGUCCCCUCUUAUCGUCACUGGAACGCCGAGUUUCGAGCCGCCAUCACGUUCCUUGCUUCGAUGAUAUUCAUGCUCUCAGCUCUUCUCUUUGAAACUCUCGAUGUUCGUUUUGUUACUGCUGUUCUGGGCCUCGACUGGCACAAUGCUAGGCCUCCUCUUCCAGAUACUGGUCAAUGGUUGCUUCUGGCUCUAAAUGAGAAACUUCCUGAAGCAGUUGUUGAGAUACUGAGACCUCACAUUAUUGGCUUGCACCAUUACUUGAUGUUAUUUAUAAUGUUGGCCUUCUCUGUACUAUUUGACUCUGUGAAAGCUCCUGGUCUUGGGUUAGGCGCACGAUACAUGUUUACCAUGGCAGUUGGCCGUCUUUUUCGUGCAAUAACUUUUGCAUCUACAAUUCUGCCAUCACCCCGCCCAUGGUGUGCUUCAUCUCGCUAUGGUAUCAUCCCUCAACAUCCUCAUCGUUGGGCUCAGAAAUAUUAUGCUCCUUAUGCUGCUGAUACUUAUGCCAUUCGUCAAGUAAUAGAACGGGAUAUAGCAUAUGUUGAUACUAGAAACUACACUGUGGACUACCAUCCGGAUUGGGGCUCAAUGAGCUUCCUAUUAGAUUUUCUGCGACCCACCACAUCAGAAGGAUCUUCAUGGUACAGUCUGCUUAAAAUGGCUGGGGGCGGUUGCAAUGACCUUGUAUACAGUGGCCACAUGCUUGUUGCUGUACACACUGCUAUGGCAUGGACGGAGGCUUAUGGUGGGUAUAGCUCAGCUCUUAUAUGGCUGCUUGUUAUGCACAGCGCCCAGCGAGAAGUACGAGAGCGCCACUAUUAUUCCGUAGAUUGUUUAGUUUCCAUCUAUGUGGGUAUUCUUCUUUGGAAGAUGACUGGUUUUAUCUGGUCAGCUAAAGGUGGAACUAGAGAUAGUAGACUCACUAAGCUUAGGAAAAUUCAAGGUAGACUUUUGCAAGCGGCCAAGGAUUCUGAUAUGGAUGAAGUAAGGGAGCUUCUCAAAGAUGUUGAGUUGGGGAAUCAAGAGGGCCAGAAACAAGGACCAAGCAAGGUUAUGUGGUUGUUUGCUUGUGGGACUAUUUUAUUUUCGCUUACAAUUGUUAUUUUGGCCUUCACAUGGACAAGCGAUGGCUGACGUUCCAGCAUAACAUUAUACCUCGGUUUCGAGGUUGGAGAAGACUGGUGUGUACGAUUUAGUUUCCUCUUUGACUGAGGGCUUAUAUCGUUGUAUUCUUUCACGCUUUUUACUCUGUUAUGACAGGCGAGGAUUUUGUCUUUGAUUGUGUGUACACAUGGAACUAGAGUUUUACUGUUACAUAUGAAACUUGGUUGUACUAUCUGGUAAUGGAAGCCGAUGUUUAGCUUGACUCGGCCUUGCUUUAUCUUGUUGUAAGAGCUGUUGCCUUCACUCUCCAUUGAUUUAUGAAUUUUGCUUAGUAACUUUGUGUGAU